CUUAUUUACCCAAAACGAAAACCCUAAAUCCUCUCUCUCACUUCGUCUGCCCCUGAACAGCAACCUUUGCUAUGGACAACGGUGAUCUCGCCUCCGGUUCUGGUUCCGGCUCCAGUUCAGAUAUGGAGAAGAAACGAAAGUUAGACGAUUCUGUGAACGAUUCUAUUGAUAAUUGUGAGGACGAUUUUGUGGACGAUUGUGAGGACGAUUGUGAGGACGACGAGGAGAUGGUGGCGGAUGAUCUUACUUCAACUGCCGAGAAGGAGAAAGAUGGUUACAACGCUAUGGCCAAGUGGUUCAUUAGUGAUGGGAUUAAUCCUAAUAUCAUUAAGAAAGCGUCCUUCGCAAAGUUUAUGCGGCUUGUAAAGCCAGAUUUGCCUCUUAGUGUUCCACUAGUCGAGAAGGAAGUUCUUCUGAUACACGAUGAAUACAAAGAGAAGGCCAAGAAAUUUCUCAAGGAUUUUCAAGGGAAGAUAACCCUCUCUUAUGAAUGGUUGCUUCUUGGGAAUGAGCGGACCAUAGAUCACAUAGAUGACCCGAUUUUGCACGCGGAUUUUGUUCGUAUGGCUGCUCAUUUCAUUGACGAUAACUGGAAGGUCAGGAAAUUGAUCCUCGGUUACUCUACUGACGAAUUUAUACCUCUGGACGACAUUUAUCCAUACCAUUUUAGAACUGCUGUUCAGGGUUUCGAGAUUGAGAACAAGGUCUCUACUAUACUAGUUCCUAACAUCGAGGAUUUAGAUGAAAAAGCAGUUGAUGCUAUCAGGAAGUGUAUAGAAGCGAAAGGGAAUAGCUCCAUCAAACCACCGGUUUUUCUAGUCUAUUGUUGUGCUGAUCUUUUCCGGUUAAUGGUUGAGGAUCUGUAUGGUGGCAUUAGCCCGUUGCUGUAUGAGAAUUUACGUAUGUUGGUUAGUUGGGGAAGAUGUUUGUCAGCACCCAACUGGAACGUCAAUUUGAAUCAUCUGCAACAAGCUGUAGAUAUGAAAAACGAGGAUGCAUUCUCAAAGGAUGAGAUUUACGACGAUUAUGACAAACCGUCUGAUGAAGAAUGGAUAAAGAUUUAAACUUUUUGCAGUCUCACUGGUUGCAUCUAUAAAGUGGCAAAGGAGCUUUUCGAUGAAGGGUAUUCGACAUCUAAUGUCUACUUCCACCUUCUUGCUGAGCUGAAGGUAAUGUUGAACCGAGAGCUCGCUAGUGCUGAUAAUGAUUACUCCCUGAUGAAGGCUAAGAAGUUGUUGAAGAUGUUUGAUAAGUAUUGGAAUGGCAUGUUUCUGGUUUUGGCAACUGCUUCUGUGUUAGACCCUCGGUUCAAGAUGAAGUACAUUGAGUUUUACUGCUCAAAGAAGAUCGAUAAUGAUGAUGAUGCUUCAAAAGCUGAAACUGUUUUGGAUUAUUUACGCAAUCUAUACGCUCGCUACGCAGCUAAUGAAAUCUAUCAGAAGCCAUUAUGUCCGGUUGCUACAAUUGACUCCGAGGAGGAAAAAGAAGAUGAUGAAGGAGAAGAAGAAGAUUUUGAUGAUGAAGAACGAGAAAGAGAGGCACCAAAGGACAAGGAAGAGAAGAAGAAGAAAAAUCCUGAUGCAUACAAGGAUUUUGUUUUGUUUCAAGAAUUUCUCAAGUUUGAAGGAUCUUCAAGAGAGUUUCAAGAAUCAGAGCUCGAUUCUUAUCUGAAAGAACCUGUUAUGGAAUGGAAUAAGGAAUUCAAAGCAUUGGAGUGGUGGAAAGAAGAGAGCAUAAAGUAUCCAGUCCUCUCCCGAGUAGCACGAGACAUUCUCUCUAUACCAAUCUCACUUGCCACGUCGUACGAUGCUUAUGUUUCGGACAAAAGAGAGCCUCCUGAGUUUGUUCUUAACAUGGAACCCAAAAUUGCUAACGCCAUGAUGUGCAGCAAAAGCUGGUUACGACUUUGAUGAUAAUGGAAAAAUUGGUAAGAACUUUUUUUUUCUCUAGCAAGACUUGUGAAAUGCUUU